UAAACUUACAUUAAGAAAAAUGGUGACUUCUAAAUGGCUUGUGCGGUUGACGAGACAUUGCAGCAGCUGGAGUAUUGCUCAACGGCAGACUCAACGAACGCAGACAUGGGUGUCACAACAAACGUAUGCGGAAUACCAGCAAUCUUUGCCGAUUAUCUUAGACAAGGGUCUGACUGAUUUCAGCUUUAGUCCAGAAUUAUGUGACAGAUUAAGAAAGUUUACAGCUUACAAUGUGGGAUCGGGGAAGCAAAUUCGAGGUCUUCUGACAAUGUCAGCUUGUGAUGCACUUAUGCAACCGGAACAGAAACAAGAAUUACGCGAAAAAAUGUUUGUUUUGGCCUGGACCGCAGAGAUGUUACAUGCCUUCUUUUUGGUAACUGACGACAUGGAAGAUGGUGCUAAGACCCGCCACGGGCAAACGUGCUGGCAUCUGUUACCUGACGUAGGCAAGUACGCGGUCACUGACACCGGGAUGUUCCGCAGCUUUAUUAGUGAAAUAUUAAGGAUAUACUUUGGGAAAGAAGUAGUUUAUACCAAACUUGUGGAUAUCUUCAAUGAGACCUAUUUCAAGACUCAUAUUGGACAAUUUAUCGAUUCAACAUUUUGCUCAAACAGACAAUACUUGAGUUUUACACAGGAAAAAUAUGCCCUAGUGUCUGCAUUGAAGACUUCAUUCUAUACCUUCCAGUUUCCUGUUCUAUUGGGCCUUGCUUUGAACAACAAGUAUAGUGAUAAAGCGUACAAACUCGUCGAAUCUAUAGGCUCUGACGUUGGAUUAUUGUUACAAAUGAAGAAUGACUAUUUAGAUUUAUAUGGUGACGAGAUAGUGGAAGGAAAGACUGGAACCGAUAUCCAAGAGGGCAAAUGUUCCUUACCCGCUGUGAUAGCUGUGAGGCUUUCCAAUGGAUACCAGAAGAAAAUAUUCCUUGAAAACUACGGGAGAUGGGAGGACAAAUGUGUGGACCAAAUAAGGAAUCUGUACAAUGAUUUACAAAUACAAAAGAUCUGCAUUAACGAAGAGACGCAACUGUACAAUUCUAUUUGUCAGCGAAUUAAUAAUUUGCCUAAAGAUUCUAUACCACCUGGUCAUUUAUUUACGAAGUUAGUAAAUGAAAUUUAUAACUUAAAAAAUAUCAACUACGAUGUAAAACCCUAAACCAAAAUAUAAUUUACUUGCCGGAGGUCUAAUAUUAGUCUUCGUUUCCUUUCCACCAUUUUCUUAUAAGUAAAUAAUGGGAAGAGGAAUUGUAUUUGGCAAAGGACACAUAGAAAGGGGAAAUAUCUUCUUUUUGUGCUUCCCCUCCUCCGUUGA